AUGGAGAAUUUCAUAAAUACUACCCCUGAAGAACUUCGGAGACAAAGUACCCAUAAAUUAACUCAAAAUGCUGAUUUUUUGCAUAUUCGUCCUCCUUUUCCCCCGUAUUUCAAUGUUAAAGAGCGUAUUGAUGAAUUGAUAUAUCGUGACACUCCUAAAAAAAUAUUUGAUGCGUGGAAUAGUGAACCAAAAUAUGUAAAAGAUCACUAUGAAAAGAUCGCUAUGGAUAUUGAAGGUGUGAAAGAAAAGAUUCUUAUAAUUUUAAAUUUAUUUUCAGAUAAAACUGUUGAAAUUAGUAACUACAUUAAGCUUCAACAUUUACAAAGAGUUGGCUUUCAUCCUAAUAUUGCUCGAAUUCAUGGAGCUGUUAAAGACCCAAUUCUUGGUCAUCAAUCAACUCAAGAGAACUAUGAAAUUAGAAAUAAAACACAAUAUAUUGGAAAAAAUACUUCUCUCGCUAUUAACUUUCACGCAUUGUUGUUUGAACGGAAUUACCAUUGCUGA